AGCCGUCAAUCGUUGAGUUUAACGAUCUUGAUCAGUUUUUCCCUCAGCCUAUCAACGAAGCAGAGGAAGCACCAUCUGUGAACAUGAAGCAACACGGAAGUGUCCCAGCAAUUUAGCCAUUGCUCCUGGCAAUGUCUGUUAUGAAACUGCUGGACUCCACCCUAGGAAAAGCGACCGGGAUCUUUACUGUCGUAAUUGUUGUCAUUGCAGUGCUUUUUAAUUAUUUCGACGACCCUGAUCCGGUAAAAUACACCAGCAUGGCUGAGGACACCAAGACUCUGGAAGAAAAUUUCAGGCAGCAAAAUAAAAGCUGUUUCAUCCUCUGUGCCUCGGGGGAAACCGGCCAUAUGUUGCUUCAAGAUCUGCUUGGGCGCAACAUCUUCUCCAAAAUCACCCUGAUCGGAAGGAGGAAGCUCACCUUUGAAGACAAAGCAUACGAAAACUUGGUCCAAGAUGUGGUGGACUUUGAGAAGCUUGAGGAUUAUGCUGCAUCUUUCCAGGGCCAUGAUGUCGGAUACUGCUGCCUGGGAACCACCAAAGCGAAAGCAGGAACUGAAGGAUUCAUCCGUGUUGAUCACGACUAUGUUCUAAAAUCAGCAGAGCUUGCCAAGGCAGGAGGCUGCAGUCAGUUCCACCUGGAGUCCUCCAGAGGAGCGGAUAAAAACAGCAACUUCCUCUACCUCAAAGUCAAGGGACAAGUGGAGGCAGAAAUCGAGGCGCUAGGUUUUGACAGAUUUGCCAUUUACAGACCAGGGGUUUUGUUGGUAGACAGGCAGGAGAGUCGGCCUGCUGAGUGGCUGGCCAGGAAAUUCUUUGGUGCCUUGUCAGCCGUUUGUUCUACAGCCAUGUCCAUUCCAAUCCAAGUGGUGGCAAAAGCGAUGGUGUCUAACACGUUGCUUCAACCGGAGCAGAAAACAGAGAUCCUGGAGAACAAAGACAUCGCCAGUCUGGGAAAGAUUGCAGGGAAAUAAGAAGAUGCAAAAAAAUACACUGAGGUAUUUCCAGCAGAUAUACUGGGACGACUACAAACACUAUUCACAUCAUCACUAUGUCAAUGAUGUUCAUAUACUUGAAAAAUGUGUUGAUUUUAAAACGGAACUGAACAUGAAUUUAUCCAUGAUGUCCAUUAUCAGAAAACCCACAUAUUUUUCCAUCACUCUACUUGACUGUUUUGAUUCUACUAGAUAUUUGGUUUAAACUAUCUGUUUACUUAGCAAAGAUAUUGUAUCUUCAUUUAUUUUGGUCUUCUUUUUCUUUGCUUUUGAGUGAUAUUUUUUGUAAUCAGGGAACUACUGCUAAGCUUCUUUAUGUAAUGGCAUUGCCUUAAAGUAAAUGCUUAAAUGUCGAAUACAAUUAAAAUAUUGGAUGUCUUUAACAUAUUUUCAUUAAAUUAUCAUAGAAAUAUGUGUGUGUUUGAUUUAGAAACAUCCAUUCCAUAAUAGCUGUAUCAAUAUGAACUAUCCUCUGUGAGUAUGACUGCAGUUUAUAUCACAAUUUUUCUAAAAUGUUAUAAUAGAAGUAUGCUAAAUUGUAUGUGAUAAUUGAAUUAUCUGUAACAUGCACAUCCUAGAAAAUCCAUUAAAAAUAAGAUUUUUUAUUUUAGGCUAGCAAUCAAACAAUGUUUGAAAAACUUUGUUAAUAAUUCCUUUUGCAUACUUAAUUCUAAAGCAAGAUUGUAUUCCUUCCAAAGUUAAGUAAUAUAAGUUCUUAAGAACAGCCAAAUUUAGUAUAUUUUAUCUGUUUUCCUCUGAAAGACAAAAAUCAUCCAUGAUGUAGACGCAUGAAAACCAGCAUGUGUGUUCACACAAAUUAAAUAGCUAUUCAGUGACAGACCAUAAUGAAUGUAUCUGGAAAACAAGUUGAGUAUUAUAUAAUUUUUUUGUUAACUGUUUUGUAUUUGAUUUAUUUGAACUUAUUCAAAAUAUAAAUAUUUUUGUGUUUUGAUA